AUGGCGGUGCACAAAUCCACAAUGCUCAGACUAGUUUUAAUUUUAGUUCUACAAUGUUUAUUAUCCAAUGGGCAAGGACCAGGCCCUGGACCCGGCUUAUUAAAUCGGCUAGUUUUAAGAGACACGAUGCAAUCUCGUUCAGUGGACACUAGACUUAAUUUUACAGUGCUUGAGGGGCAGCCAGCCGGCACCUCCAUCGGCUUCAUUCCGACCAAGCCUGGUUUUACCUAUCGUUUCAACGAGGUUCUUAAAGAAUUCACACUCAAUGGCUCCACGGGCGAGAUCCACACCGCUAAAAUAUUGGACAGGGAAGCAUUGGCUACUGAUAAAUUUGAUUUAGUUAUAUUAUCGUCUCAGCCCACAUACCCAAUUGAAGUGAGGAUAGUUGUCCUCGAUAUCAACGACAAUGCGCCCAGAUUUCCUGAGCCAUCUAUACGGGUUUCUUUCUCGGAAAAUGCAAAUGCAGGCACACGUGUAAUUUUAGACACGGCCACUGAUGGCGAUGCUGGUGAAAAUGAUAUCACCACAAGUUACAGAAUAGUGGACGGCAACGACGACGGAAAAUUUAAACUGGAAGUAAUAACCAAUCCUUCUGGAGAAACCCCGUAUUUGCAUUUGGAAACCGUUGAAAAACUCGAUACGGAAACCCGCUCUUCGUAUCAACUGAAUAUUUCUGCUCAAGAUGGUGGUACACCUCCUCAUUUUGGAUUUUUACUAGUCAACGUCUCGAUUCUAGACGUGAAUGACAAUUCCCCUAUAUUCGAUUACGGAGAAUAUAACGUGACACUUAGUGAAUCAGUCCCUCCUGGGACAUCAGUGCUGCAGGUGCGGGCAACUGAUGCUGACUCUUUGGAAAACGCUCGGAUUACGUACCACCUUGCUGAAGCAGAAACUCAGUUCAGCAUCGAUCCACAAACUGGAAUUAUAACUACCGUUGAAAGACUUAAAUGUCAUCGGAAUUGCCCAGAUGCCUCGCAAUGUGCCAAGAGUUGCGUAUUCACGGUGCAUGCCCGAGAUCAUGGAUCACCUUACCAAGACGGCAGAACCUAUGUCACUGUGAACCUCCAGGACGCCAAUGACCACAACCCAGUGGUGAGCUUCACGUAUUUUCCGGCCAAUGCUGAGUUUGCUACAGUGGACGAGAAUGCCAAGAAUGCAUCCACAGUUGCAGUUGUAUCCGUGCUUGACGCCGACGAAGGGUUCAACGGAGAAACGACUGUGGAGAUUGCAGGAGGAAAUGAGCUGAAUCACUUUAGACUGGAGUCAAAAUCUAACUACGAUCUCGUACAAGUUAAUGGGGUUCUUGAUCGGGAAAAAAUAAGCAAAUAUAAUGUCACAAUUGUCGCCACAGACAUGGGCUCUCCUCCUCGAUCCUCAACCUCUUUCUUGAUAAUCUACGUGAAUGAUAUUAAUGAUCAUGCUCCAGUUUUCGAAAAAAGCGAAUAUUCUGCAGUUCUAAGUGAACUGGUACCUGUUGGAACAUACGUUGCGGGUAUUACUGCAAAUGAUGAAGAUACUGGCGUAAAUUCCAACGUUUACUAUGCCAUCACUUCAGGAAAUAAUAAUCGAUGGUUUGAUAUUGACACCGAAAGCGGCCUCAUAACCACAAAAGCUCCUCUAGAUCGUGAAGUUCAAGAUUCUGUGGAUCUAAAAAUUUCAGCCAGAGAUGGAGGACCGAACCCGAAACGGGCAUAUACGUAUUUGAAGAUAACAAUUUUAGACGCCAAUGAUGAAAAACCAACGUUCUCUGAAUCACUAGUCCACGCAAGUCUCUCAGAAAGUGCUGCUCCACACACACUCGUAGCUCAAGUAUCAGCUGUCGAUAGAGACCAAGGCACAAACGGAAGCGUGUCAUACAUUUUCAGUGAAGAGGUCGAACUAAAGUAUCCAGGUGUAUUUUACUUGGACUCUUCAAGCGGUCGAGUCACGACGCGGAGCAAGUUGGACCGAGAAGCCAUGCCUCAGUACGAUAUAACAGUGGAAGCUCGUGACAGAGGCAUUCCGCCCCUCUCAUCGACAGCAACUGUUAGACUUACAGUGAAAGAUGUUAAUGAUAAUAGUCCCGAGUUUUAUCCACAGCAAUAUUUUGUGGCUGUGGCUGAAGACAAUCCGAUAGGUUCGUCGUUGGUACAAGUUUCGGCAACAGAUAAAGAUGAAGGGGAGAAUGCAGAAAUAAGUUACGAACUUACGAGUGGCCCAGACAACGAGAACACUUUCGCUAUCCAUCCUCAAACAGGUGUUUUAACUUUGAGUGGUCGAUUGAGUCGAGUAAGAAAGUCUAAGUACCGAUUGACUGUCGCGGCAAGAGACAAAGGAGACCGCAAAGCAACGAAAGACGCUGUCAUAGAAAUUUUGAUCGAAGAUAAUCAAAGCGAACUUCUAGAAUUUGAGAGCGAUCUCUACUCAUUUGAGGUAUCAGAAGAUGCGGGUCAGAGUGCUGAUACUUUUGUUGCAAGAGAAGUUGGUACCGUGUCCAUCAAAGAUGCUGCUCGAGUAGGAGAAUCGACUUACGCUAUUGUCGCUGGGGAUCCUGAUGCAACGUUCUCGAUAGAUAAAAAAACCGGGGUGAUAAAAACUGCUAAACAUCUAGAUGGCGAGCAGCGGUCUUUCUAUUCAUUAAAAGUAGUGGCAGUGACGGCCGAUAUUUACGGGCACACCACGAUCAAUAUUACGGUGAACGAUAUAAAUGACAAUCCUCCAAAAUUCCCAACCAAACACGCUCGAGCAACCGUUAAAGAAAAUUGGCCUGUUGGGCACCAAGUGUUUUUAGCAGAAGCUUCUGAUCCAGAUUUAGGGAAAAAUAGCGACGUGACUUACACUUUGACCGCCAAUCCUAGAAACUAUUUCUCGAUCUCGAAGAAAAGUGGAAUGAUCUAUCUUGAUAAACCUGUGAAAUAUGGUGUUAUUGAUACAUUUCGAUUGGAAGUUACGGCUACGGAUGACGGUGUGCCACCACUUUCUUCACGUCAGAUUGUCGUAGUAACGGUCGAGGACGUUAACGAUCAUACCCCAAUUUUUGAGCAUGGUUCCUAUGAGACGUCCUUGUUUGAAUCCAUUCCUGUGAAUGACCGAUUUUUCGCCCUCACGGCAACUGAUGAGGACAGCGGCUUGAAUGGAUUCGUGUCUUAUAAUAUUACAAGUGGGAAUGAUGAUCAGAAAUUCGGAAUAUUUCCUGAUGGAUAUCUAUACAUUCGAAGCUCUUUGGACCGAGAAAAUAAAGAUUAUUAUGCGUUGACCAUAGUUGCUCAGGAUCACGGAGAGCCUCCUCGCUCUGCAACAGUAUUGGUUGUUGUACAUAUCUUGGAUGAGAAUGAUAACGCGCCAGUGUUUACGAACAAAACCUUUGAUUUCUAUUUAGCUGAAAAUGCGCCUCCUGACACUUAUGUUGGGCGUUUCACUGCUACCGACCAGGACAAAGGCAGGAAUGCUGAACUGACCUACGCUAUUUCCACCAAUCAGCAACAAUUUUUGGUCGAUCCGAAGAGCGGAUUCCUGAAAACUCUGAAUUAUUUUGACAGAGAAAAACUUGUGCAUGUGACUGGACAAGACUAUAUUACCAUGGAAGCGGUUGUUGUGGAUAAUGGCAUUAUAAAACUAAAAGAUAAAGCAAAAGUGAACAUCUUUAUUACUGAUGUGAACGAUAAUUCACCGAAAUUUUCAAAAAAGUCUUACAAAGCUGAAGUUUUCGAAGGGGCUGCCGUUGGUACUCCCAUCAUCCGACUCGCUGCUAAUGAUGCCGAUCAAGGCUUAAAUGGCGAUAUAAUUUAUACUUUAGUUGACGGAAAUGAAGAGAGCCGUUUCCAAAUCGAUGGAGUUACUGGUCAGGUUGCUUUGUCUCGCCAAUUAGACAGAGAAACCACACCUCUCUAUCUCCUGACGGUUGCAGCAUCUGAUUUGGGGUCACCCGAGCCUCUCACGGCCACUACAACCUUAUCUGUACAUGUGCUUGAUGAAAACGACAAUAAACCUGUCUUCACGCAUCUGGAGUCGGAAAUAUCAGUAUUAGAAACUACUGCAAUAAACACAGUAUUAGUACAGUUUCAGGCAAGCGAUGCUGACGUUGGAAUUAACCAAGAAGUUUCUUUCAUGAUUGGUGGCGGUAAUAUUCAGGAAGUUUUCAAAAUAGAUACAAGAAGUGGCACUUUGUACCUCGAAAAACCACUUGAUUACGAACACAGAAACACGUACAGUCUGAACAUAACAGCUGCCGAUGGUGGUUCUCCACGACUGACGUCUACAAUUGAGUUUAUUGUUAGAGUUCUCGAUUACAACGAUAAUGCGCCAAGUUUUCCAAAUACCACUAUCGUUAGACAGAUUCAAGAAGGCAUACCUUACAAAACCACAAUCGUAACUGUCAAAGCCCAUGAUCCCGACUCGGGCUUGAAUGGAAAAAUUUCGUAUGCCAUCAAGAACCAAGAUCCACCGGGUCGUCAUUUUGAAAUCGAAGAAGAUACGGGUGUAAUCUAUACUAUCCGAGACAUUGAUAGGGAAUUCAAUGACACUUUCAUGCUGACUGUGGUUGCAAGUGACCAAGCGGAACCUGUUUCUAGUCGGCUGUCCGCAGAGAAGCUUGUCACAGUUGUUGUGGAAGACAUAAACGAUAACGCGCCCGUAUUUGUAUCUAUGAAUGCAGGGCUUCUUCCUGAGAACUCCCGCAAGGAUCAGAAAAUAAUGCAAAUUUCUGCUAAUGAUGUCGACGCUAACACCAACGGUUUGGUUACUUAUGAGAUUGUGGGUGGCAGUGCGAUGGAUGUGUUCUAUUUAGACAGAGUGACGGGAUCACUUCGUCUCAGGAAAGAUAUUUCAUCCCCGGAACUCUUCUAUCGUGUCACUGUUCGAUCAACAGACGAAGCUGUCCAGUCACAAAGGAAGUCAUCCGAUGCUUACCUAACUAUACUCGGGAUGUCUUCCCAAGAAGGCCCACGCUUCACACAAAGUUUUUACACCGGCUCCGUAGUAGAAAAUUCGGCAAUCGGUACAUCAGUUGCCACAAUUGAGUCCCACAUGACCACCAAUGAUGCCGACGAAAUCAGCUACUUUGUGGUGAACAUUACAAGUGAUGAUGGGCGCCUCAUGGAGAGGUUGUUUGAUGUUCAGCAGAAGGGAGUUCUAGCAACAGCCGCUGCUCUGGAUCGAGAAUCUGGACCUGACGUGUACCUCGUCACAGUUGCAGCUGCGGUCUCCAAAACCACAACGCCGAGGGUCUCCCUUACUCAGGUGCGAGUAACCAUCUUGGACCAGAACGACUCUCCACCGAGCUUCAGAGACAUGCCCCGCCGCUACACCGUGUCUGAGGACCAUCAGGCCGGCAGACGUGUCGCCACCAUCACCGCCUCCGACUCCGACAUCCUGGGCACCCUGAGCUACUCGCUCGUGUCGGGCGACGACGGCAAGUUCAGCCUGGACGAGACGACGGGGCACCUCAGCCUCAGAGAGACGCUUGACCGGGAGACCAAGGAUCUGUACGAGCUCGUCGUGCGCGCCAGUGAUGCCGUGCAACAUACCGACACCACCGUGUACAUUCAGGUCACGGAUACGAACGACAACCCUCCUCAGUUCUACGAACACGCAUAUUCCUUCGACGUUCCUGAGAACGCCAAAGGAUCUCAGGUUGGGCAAGUGUCUGCCUGGGACGCCGACGAGGACGUCAACGGGCACGUCUCGUACACCGUCAUCAGCGAGUGGGGCAACGACGUGUUCUCUCUCAACCCCCAGACAGGCAUCUUCACCCUCACGUCACUUCUCGACUACGAGCAGGUGCAACAUUACAUCCUGGUGGUGCAAGCCCAGGACACGGGUCGCCCGUCCCUGUCGUCGACGGUCACCGUGUAUUUCAACGUACAAGACCUCAACGACAACGCCCCGGUAUUUGAUCCCAUGAGCUACUCGGACGAAGUCUUCGAGAACAUCACAGUCGGCUCCCCGGUGCUCACCGUACACGCCACCGACCAGGACUCAGGCGUAAACGGCGAGCUGGAGUACAGCAUCGCAGGAGGAGACGACAAGGGCCAAUUUUCGAUCUCGAGCAACGGUUCGAUCUUCACGAGAGCGCCGCUGGACCGCGAGGACCAAUCCUUCUACAACCUCGUGGUGCUGGCGUCAGACCGCGCCCAGCCUCCCGACACCAGACUCUCCGCCACCGUACAGGUUAGUCUUAUAAUGUGCUAUCGG